AUGGGGUCGGCUUUUAGGAUCUGGUCUUCGGUAGCAGCAGACGGCGGCGAGGCAGAGCUCAGUCUCAGUUCCGGGUUGUUCGUGGAUGCUCCUCCUUUUGCCAUAGGAGUAGCUAGUAACAGUCACAUGAUGGACCCUUCCUUUGGUUCUCGAAGGUGGGCAUUUGGCGACGGUUUCUGGUUGGUCGGGUUGUCUCCACCUCUAGUGUCUCCGUCGAUGGCUCCUUAUGUUCGGGUAGCAUUUCCCAGCACUGGUGUUUGUCCUUGA